AUGGGCAUCCUCGACCCCAUAACAUCCUGCAUCCAACGCAGAGCCAAAUCCAAAUCCAUCUCUGCGACAUCGUCCGCGGAGCCGAGGUCGAGAUCCAGAUGUCGUUGUCGGCAGCGUCUGACAGCGUGGUCGAUGGACUUGACUGCUGAGAAGAAGGCGGCUGAUAAUGAUAAGGACGGGGAGGGCCAGAACGGACCCAGUCCACAUGAGGAUGAGAAGGACAAGCCGAGGAAGUUGGUCAAGAGGUCGCCUUCGCAGGCGACGGCGUCGAUUCGGAUUGUGGAGAGUGAGGGGGAUGAUCUCCCCUGUUCUUCUACCGAGAAGGACAACGAUGGCGACGACAAGAGCGGCGAUAGCGACACCAAGACGAUGAUGACGACAACAACAACAACAGAGAACUCCAGCACAACAGAAGAUCGCAACCCCCCACGCAGCAAAAUAGAAGACAUCCCCGAAGAAAGCGAGCCCACCACCCCCGAAAAGACACCCCCUCCGCCCCCAGCCACAACCCCAGCAACACCACACAGCAAAAACGCCCUCCAGAAUAAGCCCCUGCCCCUCCCACCUGUCAGCACUCCCAGUCCCAGACCUAGGCCCAGGCCCAGCAGCAAAAGCAGCAGAUACACCCCCGACCCGCUAUCAAGCGACCCCAUCACCACAGACGAAGAGUGGUCUCCCAAACGAGCGAGCUCCCUCUUCCGCCUCAGCAGCCGACGCUCCCUCAUCGAGAUCGUCACCCUGCUGCAGACGACUGCUCAAGCUGCUGCCGCCGCUGCUGCCACUGCGCCGAGACGGCUGCACCCGGGUUUAGGGAGGGGUGGUAGUCCCGGUGUGCCUGCGAAGUCGCCGCUACGGCGGGGGGUGACGAUCCCUUCGGCGUCGUCGGCGGGAUCGUCUUCUGAGGGGACGAUGAUGGGAUCAGAUUCCGAGACGGAGGUGUCGUUUGCUUCGUCGAGUUCGUCGAUCAUGCUUCCUGCUUGGACUUCUUCGAAGGGGGGGUUUGUGCGUGGUUCCACUGCUGCUACUGCUCCUGUCUCUGCCACUGAUACCAUUGGUAGUAGCAGUAGUGGUGAGGUACCCGAGGAAUUGAGAGACGGUGAGAAAAAAGGAGAAAGCAGGAAAGAGAAAAAGCACCGAAGGAGAGCCGCAGAGGUGUUUGAUCAGCCCAAGCCGCUGCGGUGGCAUUCGCGGCGAGCAGAGAGCGAGAGUAGACUGGAGGAGAAUGAAGGCACAGAGAAGACUCUUUUUCGGUAG